AUGGCUGAACACUUUAAAGAAGCAAGUAGAUGUCUUACCUGCCUUUCUUAUCUCAAUGAACCCAUGCAUCUGAUAUGUGGCUAUGUUUGUUGCCUCCAAUGCCUCAACUCACUGCAGAAGGAGCCCCAUGGGGAGGGUUUUCUGUGUCCCCUCUGCCCUGUGGUCUCUCAGAAGAGUGAUAUCAGAGCCAAUCCCCAGCUGGGGGAGCUGGUUUCCAAAGUCAAGGAACUAGAGCCCCAGCUGAGAGUUAUUCUACAGAUGAACCGAAGGAUGAAGAAGUUCCAAGUGGAUGUGACCUUGGAUGUGGACACAGCCAACAACCAUCUCAUCAUUUCUGAUGACUUGAGGAAUGUCCGUCGUGGGCGUUUCAAGCAGAACAGGGAAGAGCGUGCAGAGAGAUUCAGCCAUGCACUGUGUGUCCUGGGCUCCCCUCGGUUCACUUCCGGCCGGCACUACUGGGAGGUGGACGUGGGCACAAACAAAGAAUGGGACGUGGGAAUUUGCAGAGAAUCUGUUAAUCGACAAGGAAACAUCCUACUGUCUUCAGAAUUGGGCUUCUGGACUGUGGGUUUGAUCAACGACCAGCUCUACACUGCCAGCACCACACCUUUCACAGGUCUCUGGGUGAGUCCCCGGUUAUGCCAAAUGGGGAUUUUUCUGGACAUGGAUAUGGGCACCGUGUCCUUUUAUAACGUCAGUGAUGGGUCCCAUGUCUUCACAUUCACUAAGAUUUCUACUACGGAGCCACUGUGCCCAUUUUUCUCUCCUGUAGAUGACAUGAAUGAUGAUCAAAGCUUCCUGAGUAUUUGUCCUGUGAUGAAUCCAGCCAUUGUCAGUCCUCCAAAUUAUCCUGGGCAAGAGGAAUAA